CUGUAUGUAUGCAGCAUUGCUAAUUGCUCUGUGAGGUUUUUUUGAUGUUGAAAUUGUGGGAUUCCAGAAGUCCCCUUGGCUGACAGCACUAGGCGGUGGCCGUCCUCACAGACCUGCGCCCAGUGUCCACGUGGUACUCGGCCGUUGGCUGGCACUGGAAGCACGCGUCUCCUCGUCUUAAGUCUCGUCCUGUCGUGAAGACGUCUUGCCACAGCCUCACACACACACACACGCGCACACACGUGUCCACCCGGGCCUUCCGCUCUGAUGGCCAACCUCUUCUCUCUUCUCCUGCUCCUCACCCUGGGUAUCCAGCUGGCUCCCUGUGGUGGUGAUGAGGUGGACAACUGCGCCAUCUGUCGGUACAUCACCUUCAGUCGUCUGCUCGCCACCUGCAUCGUUCACCCCUGUGGGUUGCCUCCCCAGCCCUACAGGAGGCGUCACCCAUCAAGCGAUCACCUCCUGCGACUGGAAUGGCACCAAGUCAUCGACACGGCAUGUGCCCUCGGACUGGUGGCGCCCUCUUGGUCUUCUCUUCUGGUUCCACUCUCAUCAGAAGCGGGAUGGCCCGAGCCAAUGGCAGUAGGCAGCCACGGGACGGACACCGGCAUCCUAAGAUGGUCACCGGCAUCAGUGCCUACAGAUUCUGUGCACGCAGCAUUUCCAUCUGGUUCUGUUGACUGAACUACAUUUAGACAGUGAAGGUUCACAUUCUUGUCCCCUCAAGUUUUUUUUGUUUUUUUUUUUUUUGAGGAGGCGGCUGUCCUAUAUAUGGUUAUCUUACUAAAAAGAAAAAAAAAAAGAAGAGAUAAACUCGUAUUAAUCAACAAUUGAAUAGCUCCCGUCCAACAGCUUCUUAGUUGCUAUCAACCUUUUUAAAACGCAAAUGAUUAAAAAUAACUGUCCAGUAAAAAACCUUUUCGACUGAAUACAAAAAGUAUGUUAUAGUAUUCCAGGAAUAUAGUCUGUUUAGGCUAAUGCCAGGGACAAGAAUACACUAUCUGUUCCUUUCGUGUCAAAACGUGACAAUAAAGACUUGAACACUG